UUGACCACAGCCCAGAUGUCAGGGGGCAAUCUACUGAAGGUCACAUUGGAGGCUGCCUACUCUGUGCCUGAAUCCUUUGUUCCCGUAGGACUGAAGAACUACAUGGUUGGUCUGCAAGUUCCAUCGCCUGGAGAGAAGGACUACCCCAUUUUAUUCAAGAAUGGAACUCUGAAGCUUGGAGGGGAAAGAGAACCUGUUCCCCGGCCAAAAAAAUGGCCCAUUGCCAACAUUCUGGCUCCAGGAGCUAAUAACAUUCCUGAUGCAUUCAUCGUUGGUGGUCCUUAUGAGGAAGAAGAAGGAGAACUCAACCACCCUGAGGACAGAGAAUUUAGGAACCUAGCACAGUGCAUGAAGAAAAAGAUUGUUUGGGACUUGGAAAGUUGCUGCUAUCUUGAUCCUCCUUCAGUGAUCAGUUUUCAGAAGCAAAUUAUUGAUUGCCGGCUUUGGCCUGUAGAGAUCACAAGAGUUCCUCUGGUUGUUGUACCCAAAGGGAAAGCUGGCAAACUUGAUAAGACUGAGGAUGAAAGUCAGCUUUCAUUUCAUGGAGUAGCUUAUGUUAAUAUGGUCCCAUUGCUAUAUCCAGGUGUGAAGAGAAUUCGGGGAGCUUUCCAUGUUUACCCUUACCUAGACACUACAGUCCAUGAAAAGACUAAGUGUUUAUUUAGCUUAUUCCAGGAUACUGGCUAUCAUUUCAUUCAAAAUAAUAAAAUAGGAGGAAUUAAUUCUCACUUGGCCAAACAAGUUGUUUCUAAGAAUCUGAAAGAAGAGAAAACAGCCAAAGAAAAAGAUAUAGAUGGAAGGCUUAGGCCUGGGGAUGUGCAAGCAUCUAGUAUAAAAUCUCAGAGCUCAGAUAGGCCGUUGGAAGGUGAACCCCCUCCAAGCCAUAAUCCAGAGGGACAGCAAUAUGUAGAAGCAGGGACGUACAUUGUGUUGGAGAUUCAGCUGGACAAAGCCUUGGUUCCAAAACGAAUUCCAGAGGAGCUAGCCAGAAGGGUCAAGGAAAUGAUUCCGCCAAGGCCACCUCUUACACGUCGGACAGGAGGAGCUCAGAAGGCAAUGAGUGACUACCACUCACAGAUCAAGAACAUUUGUAGAGCCAUUCUGGAUGAGCACCACAGAAUGUUUGGAAAACAGGUGGCCAAACUGGGGAAUGAUAUAGAUAGUGAGACCCUAGAGGAGCAAAAGUGCCUCAGCUAUGAACUUAAUUGCUCUGGAAAAUACUUUGCUUUCAAAGAACAACUCAAGCAUGCUGUGGUAAAGACUGUGAGAGAGAAAUACCUGAAGACAACAUCAUUUGAAAGCCAGGAGGAACUGCAGACAUUUAUCAGUGAGCUCUAUGUGUUCUUAGCAGAUCAGAUGCAUGUGGCCCUAAACCAGACCAUGCCAGAUGAUAUCCAAGACACUAUUUAAACCAUUUAUACAAGCAAUGAACAGCUUCGACUCUUUGCAUUUGAAGCAGAAGUCAAUGAGAACUUUGAAAUGGCAGCAGUAUAUUAUGAGGAGGGAAAUCAUGAUGAGAACCAGAGUGUAAACCACCAAGUGGCUCAGGAAGAUGCUCAGUGUCUCUAUCAAGCUGCUCUCACCAUCAUGUGCCUGCACCGGCGCCCACCCAUGGCACCUGUACCAGCCCCCACCUCCACGCGCCUGCACCGGCCCUCACCUCCACGCACCUGCACCGUCCCUCACCCUGACGCAGUGGCACAGGCCCCCACCACCCCGAUGCAUCUGAAGGGGCCCUCACUCCCCCGCCCUCAACCCCAAGCGCAGGCAAUGGCCCCCACCCUCAUGCACUGGCACCGGCACCCACACUCAUGUGCUAGCCCGGCACUCACCCCCACAUGUCUGCACUCCGCUCACCCACACGGGCCUACACAGGCCCUCACCUCCAUGCACCGGCACUGGCCCUCACCCCCCCACGUGCUGGCGCCGGCCCUCACCAUCACGCACCUGCACCAGCCCUCACCCCCAUGUGCCUGCACUGUCCCUCACCCUGACACAGUGGCACUGGCCCCCACCCCAUGCGUCUGCAGGAGCUUUCACCCCCACGCACUCACCCCCAAGCGCAGGCACUGGACCGAACCCCCACGCACCUGUACCUGA